CCGCUCUCUAGGCAAAGGGUCAGGCAGGUGAACCAGAGUCAUGGACUUUGAGCGACUAAUUGAUUCCGUACGACCUCAUCGCUUCCUAUUCGACAUGCGUGACCCUGGUUUUAAAGACACGGAGUUAAAAAAUAAUAGGUGGGAGCUGAUCGGCAAAGAACUAGGGGUAUCAGGUAAGGCGUCUCAAAAAUUUCGAACUAUGAAAACAAAAUUUGGGAAGUUGAAACGAAAAUACGAGGAAAAUACGAGGAGCGGCUCUUCCUACACUCCGCCUCCAGCUUGGAAGCACUAUCGAUCCAUGGAUAGCCUGUUGAGAAGCCGGGAAGUACCAACAGAGUGGACGCUGUCAAACCUCAGCCCUUCAGCGAGACCUUCUGUCAGCUUGACCGAAGACCACCCUGCUCAUGACAGCGUGUCUUCUCUGAUCAACAACAUGACAACUCCCGGUAAGGACAGCGGAGUAGAGGAAACUCUUGCCAACUCCGAAACUAGUUCAACAACGGAGAUUACAGAAGACACGACAAAUACCUUAGAGCAAGGACGCGGCGAUACAGCUCCACAAACAACGGGCAGAGGAACAACGAGACAAAGACGAAGCCAAGACAUCGUAUACUGUAUCAAAGAAAAUCUCCGAGGAUUGAACGAAGCAAGGCUGCCGCAGCAGAUGACUCGCCAAAAUGACGACUUUCAUCACUUUGGAAUGAUGGUGGCCGAGCGCCUGAGAAAGAUGCCUAAGCUGCAGGCCUUAAGGGCAAUGUCCGUUGUGCAACAACAGCUGUUGAACUACGAAGAGGAACACCUCAUGAACCAAUAA